AUGUCAACCACUUUUUACGAUUUAGAAUGCCAAGAUAAGAAAGGUGAAACCUUUAAAUUUGACCAAUUGAAGGGAAAAGUAGUGCUUAUAGUUAACGUUGCCUCCAAAUGUGGGUUUACCCCACAAUAUAAAGAAUUGGAGGCACUAUACCAAAAGUAUCAUGAUAAAGGGUUUGUUAUUUUGGGGUUCCCAUGUAAUCAAUUUGGGAAGCAAGAGCCGGGUUCUGAUGAACAAAUUACCGAAUUUUGCCAAUUGAAUUAUGGCGUUACAUUCCCGAUUAUGAAGAAAAUCGAAGUUAACGGAAAUAAUGCUGAUCCUGUUUAUAAUUAUUUGAAAAGUCAAAAAUCAGGUUUACUAGGGUUCAAAGGCAUCAAAUGGAAUUUCGAAAAAUUUUUAAUUGAUUCAAAUGGGAAUAUUGUCCAAAGAUAUUCUUCCUUAACAAAGCCAGCGUCCAUAGACCAAGAAAUCCAGAAUUUGUUAAGAAAGUGA